AAGAUCAAAUUUACAAAUUGACCCCAAUUUCAUUAAUGUUUACAUCAUUUGCAAGAGAGAGACCCAACUAACUUUUCAAUUUAAUCCUCCAAAUAAAUUUCAGAAAAUUCUCCCAAUUUUUCUAUCUCAAACAUUUCCAACUUCGCCGAGAACGUGAAAUUCUCCGAUCUCCGGCGACUGUUUACGUGAAGUGUUCUUCACUCACUUUCUCUCCUUACCUUGAUCGAUCAUGGAGAAACUUGAAUCAAGAUUAUCUUAUUUGUCCGAUCCAUAGCUUUUUGUUAUUGUUUUUGGACCUUGAAUCUGCAAAUCCAAGUAAAUCCAUGGCGUCGAGGAACCGGACUUUGCUUUUCAGGAAGUAUAGGGAUGCUUUGAAGAGCGUUAGAGCACCAACAAGCUUAUCGGCUUCUACGAGCUCUGGCGGUGGCGGACCGGUGAUUGAGUUGGCCAAUACGUCGCUUUUGAAUCCGAAUCGGUCUUAUGCACCUCUCAGUACUGAAGAUCCGGGUAAUUCAAGUAGGGGUGCGCUUACUGUUGGUCUACCUCCAGCUUGGGUAGAUGUAUCUGAAGAUAUAUCAGUAAAUGUGCAGCGCGCACGUGUGAAAAUGGUCGAACUGACAAAAGCCCAUGCAAAGGCCUUAAUGCCUUCUUUUGGGGAUGGUAAAGAAGAUCAACGUUUGAUUGAAGCGCUUACACAAGAGAUAACUGGUUUGAUAAGGAAAUCAGAGAAGAGACUACAAAGACUUUCUGCGGCUGGGCCAUCUGAAGAUUCAAAUGUUAGAAAAAAUGUGCAGCGCUCUCUUGCUACCGACCUGCAGAACCUAUCGGUGGAGCUUAGGAAGAAACAGUCCGCUUAUUUGAAGCGCCUCAGGCUGCAAAAAGAGGGUGAUGGAGUUGAUAUAGAGAUGAAUCUAAAUGGAAGUAGAUCUAGAGUAGAAGAUGACGAUUUGGAUGACAUGAUGUUCAAUGAGCAUCAACUUGCAAAGCUUAAAAAGAGCGAGGCAUUCUCAGUAGAAAGAGAGCGAGAGAUCCAACAGGUGGUGGGAUCUGUAAAUGAGCUUGCUCAGAUUAUGAAGGAUCUUUCGGUACUUGUGAUAGACCAGGGUACCAUUGUUGAUAGGAUAGACUACAAUAUUCAGAAUGUUGCAACAACAGUCGAGGAGGGCCUCAAGCAACUACAAAAGGCUGAGAGAACACAAAAACAAGGAGGGAUGGUAAUGUGUGCUUCGGUUCUCGUCAUCAUGUGUUUCGUCAUGUUGGCCCUUUUAAUAAUCAAGGAAAUAAUCUUGUGAUCGGUCUUGAGAGCUCUUUCCAGCAUUUGGAUACCAACUAAUUCUUGUAACCCCUCCUCCCCAGCAGGCCCAGAUGAGAGAUUUAUACACAUACAAAAUUGGUUUUGUUGUUCCCGGCAGAGAAUGAAGUUUCGAGUUUCGAGUUUCGAGAGAAUUAUUAGCCAAGAAACCAAUUGUUGAUUUUGUUUCUGCCAGGAUUUUGGUACUUUGGUUUCUUAGCAAACACAUCACAUGUGGUGUGAUAUGAUACUUUUGUUGGUUUCAUAGUUUGUAAUCUCUAUUGACUUUAUUGUACAAAAAAAGAAACAGUGGCUCUUUUAUUCAAUCAAAUUUAAAAACAUAAAAUGUCCCAACAA